AUGAUAGCACACGAACUGGUUGUGCUGAAAAGUGAACAGGUUAACCAAAAUGGCGGAAAUAGUUUGGACGAUGCCACAGCAAAGCGUAACGAAAAUUUACGAAAACUUUUUCAAACGAACAAAAAGACAACGAAAGCAGCAAAGCUGCAACGAGGACAAAGUGAAGAAGGACCUGGCAAGUUUUACUACAGCAAUACAUCCUGCAAUAGCAAUAAGGAUGCGGUUAGCUGCGAUGGCUACGAUGAUAAUAAUGUUCACUUUGAUAACAAUGAAGUUUAUGGCACUGCUUUUGGUGAUGUCAGAGCCGACACUGCUGCAUGCAGGUGGAGACAAAGCAACGGUCAAACUGCCAGUAGUACUGCCGCAUCUACAACUGUUGCCAACGUUGAUUACGACAAUUGCAAAAUGCGCCGGGGGUGCGGAAACAAUCGUAUACGGCGCUGGAGCGUGAGGAGCGGCAGUGUAUCGGAAGAUGGGAGCAGACUCGAAGGAAAUCUUUCAACGGACAAGCGACAAUUGGGGAAAAGUGUUGUGGACACAGAUCAAUUGGCAAUGUCAAGCAAUCAAUCGCAAUUGAAACAAAGCGGACAAGCACUGAAAAGUUACUACAACAAUCAUUACACCAGCAGAAACUAUUACAACACUAACAAAGUUGAAUGUUCAAAAAGCAAUACAAGUGAAAAAAGGAAAGACUACAGUGGACACUAUGAUAUCAGCAAUAACGGCGCCAUCGUCAAUUGGCCUGGUCAAACUGUUAGCGGCGCUGAGGCAGUCGGUCAUGCAAAUGCAGAGAGAACUGCAGAGUCCGAUUUGGACUUUGAUGAUGAUGUUACAGCAGAUGUCACUGGCGCAGAAGGUGAGCUGCGGUGUAGUAAAUAUAGUGCGGGAAAUGAAAGCACUGGCGCGUAUGCUGGUAGACAGGCGCAGAGAGUGAAUGCAUGUUCUGCCGAAACAUCUUUGAAUGCGCACAGAAAUUGGCAGCAACAGCAGCCGCAAUUGCGUACAGCGCAGUUGACUCCAACAAGGCGCGCCAAUUCAGUAGCAAUGAUUGCAAAUUCAACUUCAACCACUUGGAACAGCAACGAGCAGGCAAUGAACAGUGCCGGGGUUAGCUGGGACAUAAAUGAAUUUGGAAGAGUAGGACGUCCAGCACUCGAGUGGAUGUCUCGCAGAGCUAGAAGUAAUUCAGUAGCACCUGGUGAUAGCUGGCAACAAAGUGAUGACUACAGCAGUUGGAAUGACCAAACUAUGUACGCUGAAGAACAAGCGGCCGCAGGACAAGCAACUGAUUUCAUUGGAAAUAAUGAAGCUUCAACGUGUAAUGUAAUGCGGCAGUCACAUGAGUUCCCGCAAAACAUCAAUGGAAAAAUUGUAACAGGAAACUUGCCACUACGGCAAUCACAGCUAGAAUUGCAGCCGCUGCUCCAGUCAAGGCAAACUCAUCCCACCCCAACUCAUGUCAGCCACAUUUCAGCGUUUUUUAAAACACCGCUUAUGAGACGUGAGCGUGGGCAGAGUGUGGACCGCUGUGGAACAGGUGGGCAUACCACAAAUGAACGUUGGAAAUCUGAAAAGAACAUCCACAUGAAAAACGAAACCGAGUUUGGGAGAGUUGUGACGGCGGCCGCUAAACCACAAGCGACAGUGUCAACAGCAGACGAAAUGAUACAAGGCAAUAACAAAAACAACAAAAGUUGCGGUAAUAAUUUUACUGCGCUUGACGAAUUGCGGUGGCGGCACAAGCCACUGCAACAGCACAUUUCGACCGACAAUGUGCAACGUUACUAUGGUGGGGGAGGUUGGAGUGCUGAUGAGGCUACGUCAGCCGAAGUGGAACAACCAAGCUCAAUAACUACAUUACAUUUGCAAAAUACCAAUUUACGAGCUUACAACAGCAAUAACAGUUUCGCGAAUUUCGGUCAGACAUUACCAAAAUUAUCUACAACAACAACGAAGUUAGAAUGGACAGCUUCUCAAGCAUCUUUAGCUGAGCGUUUAACAAAAUUUCGACACAAACAACAGCAGCAAGGUCGACAAGAGCUGAAGUCGGCCGAAAACGAAUUAUUGACACGAGAAGGGUAUUAUCAGCUACAUAACAGUUCCAACGACUGCAACAACAACAGAAACAAUAAUCAUCCGUACAACAGCAGUGACUCCAGUAGUGGCAAUAGGCUUCUGACAUUCAAAAGCGUAGAGCAAGCACCCGCUGCUGAUGUACACAAUACAUCAGCCCAGCAUAGUCCAUCACUGUUCAAAGCUAAACUUGCUAAUAGUAAGAGCAAUUACAACACAGAACAACAUCAUUAUUACUCAAGUCAACAAAGUGCGAACGUUGCAACCCUCGAUGCAACUGAGCCAUCAUCAGCUCCGUUAGAUUGCUACUCCAAAUCGGUGAGGCAACGACGUAUAUUAGUGCGCAGGCGCAACAAUACAAGGGAACCAGUAAAUUCCGUAGUAACCGAGACAACAAAGCCGUCACGUGUAACAUCAACCAUCGUUGUGACUGAGAGACAAGAGGCAGCCCAUCAGUUUUGGUUCCUUUCACUUUUUUAG